AUGCCAACAUUGCAGAAAACCCAACUAGGUUGGAUUGUAGGGGGUGAAUUUCAAUCUAAUCUCUCGUAUCAGUGUAAUUUGACAACCAACUUGAACCUUCAAGAGCAGAUUUGCAAGUUUUGGGAGAUUGAAGAGAGUGUAAGUUCAAAACCCCUUCUUUCUAAAGAAGAAAAAUUAUGUGAGGAAAUAUUUAGUCAAACUACAACUCGUAAUGAGGAAGGCAGAUUUGUUGUACAUAUUCCUUUUAAAAAAUCACCUGAGUGCCUUGGAGAUUCAAAACAAAAUGCUAUUAAAAGGUUUCAUUCUCUGGAAUCUAAGCUUAAUAAAAAUUCUGUAUUUAAGUCAAAAUAUGUUGAGUUUAUUAGUGAAUAUCACUCUUUCUCUCAUAUGACCGAAUGUCCAAAGCCAGACGAAUCCAAAGUUGCUUACUAUUUCCCUCAUCACGGAGUCUUAAAUGAGAAGAGUCAAACCACCAAACUAAGAGUAGUGUUUGAUGGUUCAGCUCAAUCCGAUACCGGGGUGUCCUUAAAUGACAUUCAAUGCGUGGGCCCUGUUAUUCAGGACGAUUUGUUGUCAAUUAUUUUGAGAUUUCGGCAAUAUAAGGUGGUGAUUGGAGCAGAUAUGGUCAAGAUGUACCAUCUAAAGUCAUAG